AUGGAAGUAGUUGAGCUUAACCUGGCUCUGGUUAAAACUAUUGAUGGUAUCCAGUUAGUUGUGGACCUCGACCGAGUUGUUAAGGCUAAAGAAAUGGGGAAAGGCACUAACAAGAUUCAUCUAGAUGAGCCAAGGGCUGCUUGGUCUAUUGAGAAAAUUUUGGGUGUCGAUUAUUUGGGUAAUGAUGAGGAUGCAGUAUCUUUUUGCCAUGGUUGGAUCUUGGGUGUAGUGCUUCUUCUUUGGGGUCAUACGCCUUGGUUCCCACCCGGUAGCACCGGGUUCCCAAUGGUGGGCGAGAGCCUUGGUUUUCUCUCCACCGGAAGGAAAGGUCACCCUGAGAAAUUUGUAUUUGAUCGCAUAGCCAAGUACUCGUCUUCUGUAUUCAGGACGAGUCUUUUGGGCUCUCCCACAGUUGUGUUCUGCGGGGCAGCCGGCAACAAGUUUUUGUUCUCUAAGGAGAACAAGCUCGUCCAGCCAUGGUGGCCUAGCUCUGUCGACAAAAUUUUCCCAACCUCAAUCCAAACCUCAUCGAACGAAGAGGCCAUCCGAUUGAGAAAAAUGCUCCCCAACUUCCUCAAGGCAGAUCCGUUGCAGAGGUACAUAGGAAUCAUGGAUGGGAUCGCUCAGCGACACUUUGCCGCUGAUUGGGAGAACAAAGACCAGGUGGUGGUUUUCCCUCUAACUAAGCACUACACGUUCAGGAUUGCCUGUCGAUUGUUUGUCAGCGUCGAAGAUCUUAGCCAUGUGGCCAAGUUCGAAGACCCUUUCAGUGUUUUGUCAACGGGGAUAGUAUCUGUACCCAUAAACUUGCCCGGAACCCCAUUUAACCUGGCGAUCAAGGCGUCUAAUUUCAUUAGGACGGAAUUGGUGGCGAUUAUCAAGCAGAGGACGUUGGAUUUGGCUGAGGGAAAAGCGUCGCCCAAGCAAGAUAUUUUGUCACACAUGCUUUUGACAAGUGACGAAAAUGGAAACGAGGAAGUUGCUGAUAAAAUCUUAGGCCUGUUGAUUGGUGGCCAUGACACUGCUAGCUCCUCUUGUGCUUCCAUUGUCAAGUUUCUUGCUGAGUUCCCUGAGGUUUACGAAGGAGUCUACAAAGAGCAAAUGGAAAUUGCAAAAUCAAAAGCACCAGGUGAAUGUUUAAAUUGGGGUGACAUUCAGAAGAUGAAGUAUUCAUGGAACGUGGCAUGUGAAGUGAUGAGGCUUUCUCCACCAGUCCAAGGUGCUUUCAGAGAAGCUCUCAAUGAUUUCAUGUACAAUGGUUUUUCAAUUCCAAAGGGUUGGAAGAUAUAUUGGAGUGUGCAUCCAACGCACAGGAAUGCUGAAUUCUUUCCAGAGCCACUGAAAUUCGAUCCCUCGAGAUUUGAGGGAUCUGGACCGGCUCCGUACACAUUCGUGCCCUUUGGUGGAGGGCCGAGGAUGUGCCCCGGGAAGGAAUAUGCCCGAUUGGAAAUACUUGUGUUCAUGCACCACUUAGUGAGAAGGUUCAAGUGGGAAAAGAUGAUUCCUAACGAGAAGAUGAUUGUGAAUCUCGUGUCUACUCCUGAAAAUGGUCUUCCAAUUCGCCUCUACCCUCACAAGGGUUAG